GAUAUUCAUUGUUUCGCUUCAUUACUUUUUCGAACUCAAACUCGCACCAGAACUGAAAAAUAUUCGAUUUUUUUUGUGACUUUGAUUAUAUAUUAUUUAAUAAAAACACCAACGCUUGUUACUUCAAUCUUUCGGCAUACAUUGACCAUCACAAAAUAGAAUGCAUGGAAAAAGGGAAAAAUCUUUCAUUAUAAUUUAAUUUCAACAGAUUAAAACCAAUUCUAACUUUUCUUUCCGAAAUUGUUCACUUCCCGCGCUCAUUGCCACAAUAGCUCUUCUCUGCCUUUCCAGAGCAGCUCUAAAAUUUUGAGAUUUAAUAAUGUUAUUUGAGAUAAUACAUUUUGUCUUUCGAUAUGUAAAAAUAUUCAAUCAUUCGCUGUUUGUUUAUGCUUUACACAAAUGCAGUUUUUAUAUCAUUUUUCGGAUGGACCUAAUUUCGUUAUUAUUAAAAGGGCCCCUUAUUAAAAGGGCUAUUCAAAAUGCUUUUUUUAAGUCGAACAUUUUAUAUUUCGAAAGAAAAAACGCAGCGAACUAUGGUAAAAAAUAUUCACGAUUUAACGACAUAUAUUCUUAAAUAUCUACACAUAAUUUUCGAAAUUCUAUAAUCGUCUUAUUACCCAGUAAGCGAAAUGGUUUUUACCGAUUAAGUUUAGUUCGGUUUCAAUAUUCCGGUGUUGUCCGGUGUAGGGUAGUAAAACCUACCUUUUUAUAGGUAUCAUAAAAUCUUGAAUGAGAUGUAAACCAUUUGGAAUUUGUCUCAAAUGCAUAUAUCGUAUUUUUAAUGAAAAUAUUCGAUAUUCGAACCAAAAAUCAGAGAUAUAAAUAGUUGAAGCAUUUGACAGGAUUUAAAGCUGAUUAUAAAAAAAUGCCAACGAUAUUUUAAUAAUGUGUGGUACAAAUUGAAUGAGUAAAAUACUUUUAGUAAAACUUGUUUUUAGCGGUGCAUCAGCGUGCAGAAGAGAAUAGAAACAAUAAAUUUUGUGUGCAAUCACUGCUUGAAUGAGCUAAGGUCAAGGUGAAAAAAUGACAGAACUUCAUACGAAUCAAUGUGGUCCAUUAUUUUUUUACAUAGUUUGCAUUUUUGUAUCGCGGUGUUUGGACGAAAUUUUAUUCAACGUGAUUUUUAGUUCAGAUUUCUCUCAACUUCGAAAUCAAAAUAUCAUUUUCAGAUGAACCAAAAUGAAGAACAUUGUUCUGAUUGUAACGAUUAUAUUUGUUGCUUUUGCGCAUGCAGUUCCACGACAACAAGAGCGACCGGUUCGAAUUCAAAGAGGAGCAUUACAAGAAGCUCUUCGUAUGCGAAAUGUGACCGCAGCCAAAAUUCUCAUUGAAAAUGGCGCAAAUAUAAAUGAAAUCGAUAAGCAUGGAGAUGUGCCGAUAAACAUCGCCAUCGAAAAAGAACUUACGGGAAUUAUAGACAUUAUGAUCGACUCUGGUGCUGUUGUUGCGAAUUUAAAGGAUAAGGAUGGCAACACACCUCUCGCCAAAGCGGUUUUUCAAGAUAGAGGGACAGUUAUUGAUAGGCUCCUUCCACUUGGUGCCAACAUUCACAUUAAAAAUAAUUAUGGCAACAGUCCGGUUUUGAUUGCAGCAACAGCCGGUUUUGUGCAUCUCGUCAGAAAGUUUCUAGAUCUAGGAGCCAACAUUGAUAGCUCAAAUAAUGAAAAAAUUACGCCAAUCAUGUAUGCUGCAUUUCACGGUCGCAUCGACAUAGCGAAGUUACUAAUUGAACGUGGCGCCAAUAUUCAUUUACAGAGUGUCACUGGCAAGUCGGCAGUUCACUUUGCUGCACAUAAGGGGUUUGGACAUAUUGUGGUCCUUUUACUUGAAAACGGCGCGAAUAUCAAUGUUCAAACCGUCACGGGCACAACACCGUUGAUUCUUGCCGUUUCCUCUGGGCAUGUUGAGAUGACAAGAUUACUCAUUGAGCAUGGUGCAAAUAUUCACAUCAAAACGAAUGAUACAUCUAGCAAUGCAUUGCAUGUUGCAACAAUUAAAGGGCAUUUGAAUGUGGUCCAGGUUUUACUCAAAAACGGGGCUGAUAUACAUAGCAAAAGAGAUCGUGAUGGAAAUACUUGUACGUUUUUGGCAGCUUUCUACGGUUAUGACGAGAUUAUAAAAGUUUUUAUUGCAUUUGACAACAAUACGGAUGUUAACACCAAAAAUCUUGAAGGCGAAACUCCGCUGAUGGCGGCUUCGUUUAAUGGUUUUGAUAAAGUCGUGCUGUUAUUAAUUGAAUUUGGUGGUGAUAUUCACGACAAAUCCAACGACGAACGUACUCCUUUAAUGAUGGCUGUAAUGGGGGGUCAAACGAACACGGUUAAGUUGCUGAUUGAACAAGGUUCGCAUAUAAAUGCUCAGGAUAAGAAUGGAAAUAGUCCAUUGCACCAUGUGUGUAUAAUCGGAGAAUAUGAUAAGAUUAUGGAUAUACUCAUCGAAAAUAAAGCCGAUUUCCACAUUAAAAAUAAAUUGUGGAAAGAACCGUGUGAUCUACUUGAUGAGAGAAAUCGAACAACCACCAAACAGACUGUCAACAUACGGAAAGCAUGCGAAACGUAUGGAAAGCUCACGGUUCGUCGUGAUUUUGGCGGUGCAUUAGCCGCCCCGGGUGAAUUUCCCUGGAUGGCUGCUUUAGGCUAUUUAAAUCUAAACUACAAUAUCAGCUUCGAUUGCGGCGCAACAAUUGUAUCCAAUCGAUUUUUAUUGACUGCAGCACAUUGUACAAAAGAACAGCGUAAACCAGUGGUUGCUCGCCUUGGAAUAGUAAAGUUAGAUGAUGAAGCUGCGGUCAACUAUCAGAUAAAGACAAUCAUUAGGCAUCCAAAUUAUACGAGUGAAACUGAAACUAAUGACAUUGCUUUGCUUCAAGUUUCAAAACUUAUUCGAUUCACACCAGCAAUUCAACCAGCCACUCUAGAAAUGGAUAUACUAGACGAAGAUAAUGAUGUAUCUUUAUACGUAAGCGGAUGGGGUCGAAGUGAAUUGUUUGAAAAAUCGAAUGACCUGCUUAAAACGCAACUAAAAACGAUGCCAUUGUCCGAAUGCAAUCGAACACUAUUAGAUUGGAACCGCGAUAAGGGAAUUUUUCUACCCGUUUUUCGUAAUGGUAUUAGUGAAAGUCAAUAUUGUGCAUUCGAUCCGAAUGCAAGAAACGAUAGCUGUCAAGGAGACAGCGGAGGACCGCUGUUUCGCAGUAAUUCAAAUACAUCGUCCAUUAUUGGCAUUGUGUCCUUUGGUAUCAGUUGUGGAACGACGCUACCGUCAGUGUACACCAGAGUUGCAUACUAUUUUGAUUGGAUUACAGCAAACAUAGGAAUGGGGGACAAUGUUAGUUCGCGAAUUAUACCAGCACAAUACAAUACCGUCAAAUUACUCCUUGAAAAAGGUGCGAAUAUCAACCACAAAAAUAAAAUGUCACAUACAGCGCUUAGUUAUGCUGAUGACAAGAUUGCCCAGCUUUUGGUAUAAAAUGGCGCUCGUACUGAUAAAAAAAAUCAUGGAUGGAUACUUAUUACUUAUGGCUCCAAGGCAAAUUAUAUUUUAAUCACUAGUUUUUACCAUUUUC